CCAGACGCUUGUUUUGAGAGAGAAAGAGAGAGAGAGAGAGAGAGAGAGAGAAAGACAGAAAGAGAGAAAGAGAGACGAGAAAAAGGGUGAAGGAAAGGGGGGCUCCAAGCGGAAGAAAAACACCGCACGUCAAUCGAUUGAUUAUCCUGCUUUUCCUGUAUACACAUUAAUUAUUUUUAAAAUUUUCAAUAAUGUCCACCCCGGCGAGGAGACGUCUUAUGAGGGAUUUUAAAAGGUGCUAAAGCGUAUCCUGCUGAAGCACGGUCAACAAUGGCAACAUUCCUGGAUUGGCCUGUGUGUGUAUGUGUGCACACACAACACACAGACUUCAAGAGGACCCUCCCACCGGCGUGAGCGGAGCGCCUUCGGAGAACAAUAUCAUGCUUUGGAAUGCUGUCAUUUUUGGGCCCGUGGGCACGCCAUUUGAAGAUGGAACGUUUAAGCUUCUGAUCGAGUUUUCAGAGGAGUACCCUAACAAGCCUCCCACGGUUCGCUUUGUCUCCAGAAUGUUUCACCCCAAUGUGUACGCAGAUGGCAGUAUAUGUUUAGAUAUCCUCCAGAACCGCUGGAGCCCCACGUAUGACGUCUCGUCCAUACUCACCUCCAUCCAGUCGUUGCUCGACGAGCCCAACCCCAACAGCCCGGCCAACAGUCAGGCGGCGCAGCUCUACCAGGAGAACAAGCGUGAAUACGAGAAACGAGUGACAGCCAUUGUGGAGCAGAGCUGGGUGGACGUGUGAGACCCAAACCCUCACUUCUUCCCACUCCCACUCGUUCAUUUUACCUCGUGUGUGUGUGUGUGUGUGCGCACGCGUGUGGAGAUGCGCAUAUCACAAGAACUCAACAAGUGCCACUCUGCAAAAAAAAAAAAAAGAAAGAACUGCGGACAUUAUAUCAAGGGAGUGAGGAGGAAUCGUUUUUGUUUUCUUUUAAUUAGAAUUUUUAUAAUUGCAUGUUGUGAAAUAAGUUAUUGCUAACAGAACUUGUAAUAUAUCUGUGGGUAUUUUGUUUGAUUGGUAAGCUGUCACUGUGCUGCUGCUUGGUUUGUUUGGAAAUGGCAGUUUCAUGACCAAAACUUUUAAUUUUUGUAUUCUUUCUUUUCCCUCCCUAACGGGGUUUUUCAAAAAAGCCUUUUGAUUGGAUAUAGUCUUCUUUUUUGAAUCUCUAAAGAACAAUCUAUUAUUUUAAGAUUAGUCUCACGAUGGCGGAGGUUUUUCCUCCCCCGACAUAGAAGAAGCAGCGCGUCGAAGGACAAAGUGCGGUGAGUCAGGCACAGUUUGUAUUCAGGAGGGAAAUUUCUUCUUGGACAUUGUCGGAUGUAAAAAGACUGAAAUACUAAAAAAGCUGUCACUUCCUAUAUCCAAAUGAAAAAGACAACAAAAAGAAAAAGACUGGCCUUGUGGCAUCAUGUAUGUAGGAUUUGUUCAGAAUGAGCAGAAGGGAUGUGUUACAUUUGUCAAAGAAAGAGGUAUACUUAUAACAAUAUACGGUAUAAAAAACGUAAUAAAUUUUUUUUCAGACGG